AUGGACAGUAAUACUUCUUUCCCUUUCAUUCUUUCUCUUUUCUUUUUCUCUUCUUUUCAGUUUUUAUUUUCUACUUUGUCUUCUAUUGCAUAUUUAUUCCGUGUCUUUCUUUCUUUCUUUCUUUUGUCUAUCUCAUUUCCUGAAUUUCUUUCUUUCUUUCUUUCUUUCUUUCUUUCUUUCUUUCUUUCUUUCUUUUGUCUAUAUCAUUUCCUGAAUUUCUUAUUUAUUUCUCAUUCACUUUUUAUUCCCAUUCUUUCUUUCUUUCUUUCUUUCUUUCGUUAUUCUCUUUCUUUCUUUCUUUCGUUAUUCUCUUUCUUUCUUUCUGUCUUUCUUUCUUUCUUUUCCCUAUCUCUUCUAUUUCUCAUUCACUUUCUAAAUUCCUACUUUCUUUUAUUUCAUUCCUACAUCCUUUAUUUCUUUCUUUCUUUCUUUCUUUCUUUCUUUCUUUCUUUCUUUCUUUUCUCCCUUCAAUAUAUUUAUUGUUUCCCUUUUUUCUUCUUCAUCAUUUCCUUUAAAUUUCUUUUCUUUUGCCCCUCUUUCUCACUUCCUUCUUUCUUUUUACCUUACCUAAAUCAUUUUAUUUUUCUGAUGAUUCUUUCUCCUUUCCUUUUUUCUCUCUCUCUUUCUUCUUUUCUUUUUCUCAUUUUUCCCUCUUUCUUGUUUUUCUUUUUGUUUUUCCUCCCUUCUCUUUUCCUUCUCGUUUGUUCUUUCUUUCCUUUUUUUCUUUUUUCGAACUCAUGA